AUCAGAGAGAAGACGGACGCCUGGACAAAAUGUCGCCACACCUCCGCUACGUCUGUUUGUGUAACUUUUUAAGUGCUACUGUGAUAAUUGCAGGAUGCACCUCUCUCCUCCUUUUAGUUUUCCCGAUCGCUGAGAUAACUGUAGGUGUGGUGUACCUGCGCAAGUGUCCAGCUGCACCACUUAUCCCCGUGUAUUUGAUAGUGUGUGGGAUCGUGGCCGUGCUGCUGAUGGGUCUAGCUCUGCACAAGCUCGUCUGUCCGGCUGCACCGCACAGUCGGAUCUGGACUGUGUGCCUCCUCAGCCUGGUCCUGUUCGCCUUCGUAUGGAUCCUCUACGGUAGUUACCUGAUUUAUUCUAUGUAUCCCCCUAACUACACCAAGAGCUCAAACAGCAGCAUCUUUACUCCGUCUGCAGCUGACAACGAGCCUGACUCCUCCUCAGAUCAGAAUCUGAAUCAGAGCCAUUCAAACCUCACCCUGACCGGGAAGACCAACAACAACAACAACCAGACUUUAAUGCAGCUCAUUCAGAGUUUAUCCCUCAAUAGGAACAGCAGCACUCAGACAAACAGAGAGCACCUGAACGCAGCACAGAGACUUCAUGUGGAGGCUGCAGGUCCACACUGUGACAGGACGCUGUACCUGUUUGCUUUCUGGACCACCAUGCUGGUGUACGUGGUGUCAGGAAACACUUUGCUCAUCGUCGCCUGGAUAUAUGGAAACAGAAAAUGAAGAAGAUGGUCACCGCCUGAACUGAGAUACAUACUAAUUACAUCUCAGAGACUUUGAACAUUACAUUAAAAACCUUCAGAUGAUCAUUUAGUCUUGUAGAGGAACGUGCAGCCUCGCUUCAAGCUGUUUGAGAAAUAAAGAGAAAUCAAGAUUUUAAAACUUCCUCUUCACAGCUCUGACUCGUGUUGGGAAACAGGGGCUGUAUUCACAAAGCCUCCUUAGUACUAAGUGUUGCUCAUUUGUGACAAAAUUAUAAGAACAUUCUUAGAAUCAGGACAUUUUCUAUGAAUUUCUCCUAAAAAUUUGGACGAGAUCUUUGUAAAGUUAUUCACAAAGCAUCUUAGCCAUUAAGAGAGCUGCUCAGGUGCAGGAAUGAUCUUUUUUCUGGUCACUCUGAGCUCAUUUCAUCCAUAAAUAUCAGUUACAUGACUUUUUAUUUGAUGUAUUUUGUUUCACUAAUAGAUACAUUGUAAUGCAGUGGUUCCCAAAGUGAGGGUUGGGACCCCCUGGUGGAUCACAGGACACUGAGAGGGGGGUUGCAAGAUUCCAUCCGAAAACAUAGAAAACACCCCUCGAUCCCUAUUUCAGGGAUCGAGGGGUCAAAAAGUUCGGGAACCCCUGUUCUAAUGGAUGCAAGCCAACGCUGAAAUAUUUGCAGCAAAACAAAAAUAAUCCAUGUUUGUGUUUCACAGACUUGUUCUGUUUCUGUCCACUAGAUGGAGCUCUUCUACAGUUUAAACCAUCGACAGCUCUGGUUGGCAACCAGAGGGUCGCCGGUUCAACUCCCAGUGCAGACCAAGCACUGCCGAGGUGCCCUUGAGCAAGGCA